ACGAAGGAGACCGCCGACGGCCGGCUGAGAGCACCGCAGUGUGCACGCGACCGUACGGCAGCCCGGUCUCCCGUUCCUCCUCCUGCGACGACGCGCAGCGAAGCCGUCACCUUUGUUUUGAGGCGAAGUGGCGGAGAGGAUCCCGAGGGAUCCGAGGAAACACGAACUUCACGUCGCGGCGCAAACCGCGCGUGGUGGGGAGUCCGGACCGCGAAGGAUUGGCACAUCUAAAGCGUUUUCCCCGUGACUGCUCAGUGGAACGGUCUUUCUUGGAUCACAAACAUCACUGCACAGCCAAAGGUGCAGCGGGGGCGAGGCAGCUCUCGGGUCAGAACAAACCCGCGGCCAUGGAUGUGGAUGAGGAGGAGAAUAUGAGUUCGAGCAGCACCGAUGUUAAGGAAAACCGAAACCUGGACAACGUGUCCGGCAAAGACGGGUUGGGAGUGGCUGAACAGCUCCCCAAUGGAAGCGGCCUGGGCAGUCGAAAGCGCCCCUUGGAAGAGGGAAGCAAUGGGCACACGCACGCCAAGUUCCGCGCCAAGAAGCGCAAGAAAACGCCGGGUCCGGUCCUGCCCAAGAACGCCCUGAUGCAGCUGAACGAAAUCAAGCCGGGCCUCCAGUACAAACUGCUGUCUCAGACGGGACCGGUCCACGCGCCGGUCUUUGUCAUGACUGUGGAGGUCAACGGGCAGAUGUUCGAGGGCAUGGGCCCGACCAAGAAGAAGGCGAAGCUUAACGCGGCGGAGAAAGCGCUGCGCUCCUUUGUGCAGUUCCCCAACGCCUCGGAGGCGCACCUGGCCAUGGGGCGGACGCUGACGGUGAACACGGACUUCACGUCCGACCAAGCGGACUUCCCAGACAUGCUCUUCAACGGCUUCGAAACCCCGGCCGCACCCGAGGAACCCUUCUAUCUAGGCUCCAAUGGUAACGGCUCCCUGAGCUCCCUGGGGGAGUACCCGCUGCCCACGCCGCCCGGCAGCAACCUCGUUCAGGCCCCACUGCCCCCUCCGUCAACGUUCAGCUCGCCGUCCAGCGGCAAAAACCCAGUCAUGAUCCUCAAUGAGCUCAGGCCAGGCCUCAAGUAUGACUUUGUCUCUGAGAGCGGCGAGAGUCACGCCAAGAAUUUUGUGAUGUCAGUAACGGUGGACGCACAGACGUUUGAAGGCUCAGGGCGCAACAAGAAGCUGGCCAAAGCCCGGGCGGCACAGGCGGCGCUCUCGGCUCUCUUCAACAUGCAGCUCGACCAGACGCCGUCCCGGCAACCCAUACCAAGCGAGGGACUGCAGCUACACCUGCCCCAGGUUCUGGCUGAUGCAGUGUCUCGCCUGGUGGUGGAUAAGUUCAGUGAGCUGACAGAAAACUUCACCUCCCCCCACGCACGACGGAAAGUGCUCGCAGGAGUCGUUAUGACGACGGGGACAGAUGUCAAGGAGGCGCAGGUCAUUUGUGUCUCCACAGGGACCAAAUGCAUCAACGGCGAGUACAUGAGCGACCGCGGCCUGGCUCUCAACGACUGCCACGCCGAGAUCAUCGCCCGGCGCUCGCUCAUCCGGUUCCUCUACAGCCAGCUGGAGUUCUUCCUCGGCAAGGAGGACCACCAGAGGUCCAUAUUCGUGCCGUGCGACAAGGGCGGCUACAGGUUAAAGGACAACGUUCAGUUCCACCUCUACAUCAGCACCUCGCCCUGCGGAGACGCCCGGAUCUUCUCCCCUCACGAGGCCGGAGUCGAAGACCAAGGAGACCGGCAUCCCAACCGGAAAGCACGCGGGCAGUUGAGGACCAAAAUUGAGUCUGGGGAGGGCACCAUCCCCGUGAGGUCCAGCAACACCAUCCAGACCUGGGACGGGGUGCUGCAGGGGGAGAGGUUACUCACCAUGUCCUGCAGCGACAAGAUCGCAAGGUGGAACGUGGUGGGCAUCCAGGGCUCUUUGAUGAGCUACUUCACAGAGCCAAUCUACUUCUCCAGCAUCAUCCUUGGCAGCCUUUACCACGCCGACCACCUCUCCAGGGCCAUGUACCAGCGCAUCGCAGAAAUCGAGGACCUGCCCCAGCAGUUUGCUCUCAACAGGCCGCUGCUCAGUGGAAUAAGUAACGCAGAGGCCAGGCAGCCGGGCAAGGCACCCAACUUCAGCGUGAACUGGACGGUGGGCGACGUGGCCCUGGAGGUGAUCAACGCCACCACGGGCAAGGACGACAUGGGCCGCGCCUCGCGCCUCUGCAAGCACGCCCUCUACAGCCGCUGGGUGCGCCUGCACUCCAAGCUGUCCUCCAUCCUGUGGAUCAAGGUGCUGAAGCCCAGCUCGUACCACGACGCCAAGCAGGUGGCCACGGAGUACCACUCUGCCAAGCAGGCGCUCAUCAAGGCCUUCCACAAGGCCGGCCUGGGGGCCUGGGUCAAAAAGCCCAGCGAGCAGGACCAGUUCACCCUCUGCUCCUGAGGGACUCCUGAGCACCACGCCGGCCCCCAACACACACACACACACACACACACACACACACUCCAUCUCUCCCUGAGCCAGGACUGAAAGCAAGAGACCCCCCCGCCCCCCUUCUCUCCCCGUUGAGAACCGGCCCACAGAGGCACUUACCUCCGUCCUGCACUGUGGAAAUAAACGUGCCGCCCACAGCUCACCACUGUCAUUCCUCAGAGGACCUCGGCCUCGCCGCCUCCUCGCUCAUCCUUUUCAUUUGGUUUUAAUGGAUCUGCUGGUUUUCUGUUUUAAAACUGGAAUCCAUGCUUUUAUGCCGUGGAUGUGGAAUUUGAAAUUAUGCAGUUUUUAUCUAUUUUUCGGAUCCACCAGUGUAGCCACUUUAGGGUGAAAUGUAGCCUAAAAACGCUGGACAAAAAAAACGAUAUGUACGGACAAUGGAAAAAUAUGUUUCAGCAUGUUGAAUCGACUGCUUAAAAGAAAGAGAACACCCGAAAGCUCUAAAACAUUUGAACGCGUCAUGUGGUCCGUUCCUUAGACCCCUGCAUUGGAACGUUCUACUGUGGCGCCGUUUGACUCGCUGACUGGUGAGAGCAGGCCAGAGGUCACAGCAGCUCAGCACUCUUUUUUUUUUUACGUCUCCAUCAUUAAUCCGCGCACACGAUCUGUAAGUUAUUUUAAGGCACUCUCAUUUCAUACUUGAACAGUGAGGGAGGCGAAAGCAUUGCAGCGUACUCCUCCCGCCCCUCCCGCCCCUCCCCCCCUCGCCCGGGUCUCUGGACAAGCUUUGGGAGGUGCUGCACGUUGAAUCUUUUCCUCGAUCCAUGGCUUUGCAUGGGAACUGAACUGGGAGGCGCGCAGAGCAGGAGAAAAAAAAAAGAGCCCCGCGCUGCCAUCACUGAAUGAUUUUAGAAUGAUUGCCAGCAUCUUCCUCCACAGGCAGCUUUGAAUCUUUGUCUCUAUUUUGUAAAUGUGUUGUAAUUGUUUGUUGUUUUGAUUGUUUUGGGGCAGGAGGGGGGGGGGGGGGAUUUGUUUUGUUUGUCUUUCUUAAGAUCGGGCAUUUGAGGAUGUGGGAAGCUACUGUAGUGAAACUAGUGAUGAGCCGACCUCCUGGGAUCGGUUAACUGUGUCACCUUUGUGGUUGAACCUUUAAUGGAACAUUAACGCUGUGUGGAGCCGCAGAUACUCGCAAACACGCCGUAAUCCCACCACGUCAACGCACACGGCAGACACGCGCGUUGCAUGCUAAUGCGUCGGCUAAGACCUCCGGCAACGGGUUACAACCAAAAUGUAUCACGGUGUGAUGUCAUUUCCUCUCUUCUACAUCUCCAGCAACACCUCUGUGAUCUCACGUUUACACCCUGAGCGCGUCGAUGUGUGAAGUGUUUUACAGUUUGUAAAUGACGAAAUAUUUACCAAGUAACAGUCAAUUCCUUUUCCCAGCUGUAGGAAGUGUGUGUGUGUGUGUGUGUGUGUGUGUGUGUGUGUCCUUCAGCAUACUCCACCAAAGAUGAUGUCCAUGUGUGUUUCUGCCCCACUAUUCUAGCUUCUUCCUAUUUUUUUGUUUUAAACUAUUUCUUUUGUUUUUUUUGUAUAUUCACUGAAUAAUGUAGUGAUUGCUACAAAAACUGUUUAUUCUAAUCCAUAUGGGGGAAAUUUCAAAUGUCAGUUCUUCUUCAGUGGAUCUGUAGCCGUCAGUGGACACGUGUGUAUUGUGGGCGGCGAUUGCUAUUGCUGCCUUACAGCAAAUUCUCUGUAUAUAAGGAACUACAAAAAUCUGUUCAUCCCAUCCUAGAAAAGUGACUGAAGAGGUAGAAGUGGUUCUCCGUGAGUCACCGGGCACCGUAAAGCAUGGCACCAACACUGCCGGGGUUUUAACAGGCUUCAUCCCCAUUGUAGCCACCAAUGUUCGAAAAGAAAC